AUGAUUAUUCUCAACAAUCGUCUUUACUCUUGUGAACCAUGCAUUUUAAGAAAUGAAGGUCAAAGUUGUGAACAUUUUCAAGAUGUCCUGGUUUCAGUGAACAAAGCAAAUUGUAUUGCCAAAUCUCAAAGGGGAUUCCAAGGUUUAUCUCAAAUUGUUACUGGUACUUAUAGGCUUAUUAUUCCUCAAACUUCAACUAUUUUAAAGACAAUUGAACUGUCAAAGCACUCAGAUGAGGAGAUCUUAUUUAACAGAUUAUUAGAUGUUGAUAUAUCAAAACCUGUCGGUAAAUUUGUCUUCAUAUUGGAUAAGUUUACAAAAGUUACGCUCAACUCUGAAAAGAGGUAUUUGGAUCAACAAUAUGCUUUACCAUUUGGAUUAUCAAAUACUCCAUUUAGUCAUCAUGAACUUCAGGCACCUAAUAAUGCAAAUACUGCAAGACCAUCAAGUUCUGAUAGCUUUAGAAGAUACACUGCUGUUGAAUUGGCUGAACCUGUCAUUAUUAGACCGUUAUCUCGCGUCGGUGUUAGAUAUCCAUUACCAUCGGCUGUUAAACAAGAUGAAGAAACCAAUAAAGAAAAUUCGAGUGGACAGAGUGCAAGCUCUUCAAAUAAUAUCGUUAAUGACAAUCAGACAUCUCCUCAUGUUGCCAAUAAAGAGGUAUCAUUAAGUAAAGACCUUGCAGAUUUGGCCAGCAGUGAAAAUUUGAAAAAGUCAAAGGUCUCACAACUUGAACAGUUCUUGGAUGAAACACAAGAGUUCCUUUAUACUUUUUGCAAUGACCAUAAAAACGAACAAAAAGAAUAG